AUGUCCUCGUCUCUCUGGUCCCUACCCAUAUACCUCCUCUCCGGUGUUUAUACUCCGGAAUGGUAUGCAUUCCAGGAGUACCAUUCGCCCGAUGACGGCUCAAUCGUGGCAAUCAUCACGCCCUUUAUCGAUACUACCAUGGGGUUGACGCUACUUUUUGGGGCACACACGCUUCGUCUCUCGGCUGCAAAUCGUCUCCCGGCUGCAAAUAUUAGCCUUGUGUUCUUUACGAUGGGACUCCUCAUACAGGUAUCGGCAGAGAAGGAUUACGCGGGCGAUGUGGCGUUAUGCGACAGGACUCAGCCAAUCUGUCAACGAUGCAUAAAAUCCCACCGAACAUGCUACGGCAUGCGGGACCAGCAAGUUUGGCACGCUGAGAAUGCCUAUGCAAGUCGCCAAAAGAAGCGCCCCAGAGGGCCUCGUUCAACAAGAAUGAACUUGACCGUGGCUCCCACGCCCAUCGACCUGAAAACACGUGCCAUCGCAUACUACAUGCACAAUUAUCUACAGAACCCACCUAACGUUCCGGAUAUCGUAAAAGAAGUCACGAGAGGCUGUCUACCUGUAAUGCCUCCUGCCCCAUGGUGCUCGAUCCUAGACCUAGCGAUUUCUUCUCAGGCUCUGGCUGUGUUCUCACGAACUCAACAUUACCCCGAAGCAGCCAUAGUAGCGUCUAGCACGUACCAUCAGCUUCUGCAAAUUGUCCAGCCUGCGUUACAGUACUUAAGUUCGGACAAUAUAGACUCCUGUUUGCUUGCGGUCUUCUUCAUGGGUCGAUAUGAGGACUCGGUAUACGCUCCAGGGGCAAAGUCUCCGUUUACGCUCGCAUUGCAGAGCUUCUCGCAUCACGACGGGGCGUUGGCCAUAUUAAAGGUCUGGAACGACCGUCUGAGCCGUGGUCGGCCAGCCACGAACGUUAUUAAGCAUACAAGACGCGGGAUGAUUAGAUCGGCCCUAAUGAGAAACGCCGCACUACCGGAAUGGAUCUGCGAUGGUACAUUCUUCGGCGAGCACGGCCUUGAUCUCGAAUACGACCAAAUCAUCGUACGCCUUGCUAAUCUCCGCCAUCAACUGUUUGCUCUGACUGAUGAACUUCCCUCGUCGGGUGCAUCUUUAUUGCAAAGCACUUCUGAAUAUAUUUCAAGGCUCGAGCAGCUUGAUAUUGAGGCACAGAGUCUCGAUGCAGACUUCGAGGCUUGCAUUGCCCACGUUCCGCGUACAUGGCUCCACCCCCAACAACAUGCUUUAUCCAAAACAGACCUUCCGUCCUGGCCGUCGGCAGACUUCUAUUCCCCAGUCAUACACAGCUAUCCCAACCCAGCCUAUGCGGCGCUGUGGGGUCAGUACCAUGCUGCAAGAAUGCUUGUCAAAAAUACUCGGUUAAGGAUUCUGGCCCUUUCCAAUUCAGAAGACACACUCACUCAGCAACAAUUUCUCUGCGACAUGCAAUCUCUAUCCAAUGAUCUAGCAUCUACCAUACCAUUUGCCCUACAGCGAGUCAGAUUAGCCGACACGUCUCCGCUGUCGUCGCACACUCCUUCCAUUAAAGUGAAUUUAAAUUAUCAGAUCAAACCAAGCGAUGCUUCUUUAAUCAUCUGGCCGCUGACUAUCGCAUCGAGUCUGGAAUACGUGAGUCCGGAACAGAAGGUUUGGUUCAAGGCCCGGUUGGCGCGUCUGGGAAGGCUGGUAGGAAUAGGGGCCUUGCAGGCUGCAGAGACGGAUCAAUGGCUGGAGCUUUGA